CGUCCUUGUCCUUCUCUCCUCGUCCCCAUCCCUUCCCUUCCUUCCCCCUCUUCCUCUCCCUCAUACCCAGACGCAAUAUCGUCUCUAUCCUCUUCUUCUUCUCUUCAAUUGUCUGGUCUGGCCGCUCUGGUCAAACUAUCUCCUCAUGCGGUGCUCUUGCACUCCUGUCAUCGCCCGCUACUUCCUCCUGCUGGCGCUCUUUGCCCUCGUGCUCAUCGCUCUCGAGGGCGUAGAGGCCGGCCAGGGUCUCAACAGCAGCAACAGACAACAGCGCGAGGCUGAAGUCGUGCUUAAUCGGGCAGCUCAGGAACAGCGGCAGCAACAACAGCAGCACGAGCAGCAACACCAGCAACACCAGCAACAACUACUCCCGAGCAAAAACCAAAACACAGACAUCAACAUCAACGACGCAGACAUCGCCUCGCGUCCACGCAAAAACCCUUCCGGAUUCACAAACCCAUCCCGUCGAUCGUCGCCCAGCACAUACUCAUCGCACAGCGCGGCAAUCUCCUCGGCCGAUCAGCGCCAGAUCGAGGACUGGAAACUCGCCGAUUUCCUCCUGAUCGCGACCGUCGAUGGAUCGCUCCAUGCCUGUGAACGGGAUACGGGGAUUGAGCGGUGGAGCUUGGGCGGUGAGGGAUCGGUCGUCAAGACGUUCAGCGAUCGCAGUCUUUCUGACGACGACGAGGAGUUGACCUGGAUCGUUGAACCGCUCGGCGACGGCGCCCUGUAUUACUUCACCCCAAACUCCGGCCUACAAAAACUACCAAUCUCAAUCAAGCAGCUCGUAUCCGAAUCGCCAUUCUCAGUCAACGGCGACGACAAAGUCUACACCGGCUACAGACUCACGACCCUCUACUCCGUCGACGCCCGGACAGGCAGGAUUCUCAAAGUAUUUGGAUCCGGCGCUCCCGCGGCACUCUGCCCGCGACGCCGCAAUCUCGAAGAUUUCGAGGACGACGAUAAUGAUUGGGAAGGUGCUGUGGGUGAUCGCGAGACGUUUUUGGUCGGUCGGACUGAAUAUCGGCUGGAAAUAUCCUCUCAGUCUAGCGAUGGUGGUAAGGCCGGCGCGAUCUGGAAUGUCACCUACUCGACAUGGGGUCCGAACAACAUGGACACCGAUCUGAUGGCCCAACACACUAUGCCGCCCGACAAUCUUUAUGUAUACCCUCUGCAUGAUGGCGUUAUAUUGGGAGUUGAUAGAUUCAACGAAACGAGAUCAUGGUCCCGAAUCCUGCCUUCCCCCGCAAUCACAACAUUCGACGUCUUCGCGCCCUACGAAUCCAUAAUCGGCCGCCGGUCACCCUACAUCCUCCUUCCACAGCCCGCUGCGCGCGACACAAAGUACGAGUCCAGCGCCGAACUCUCGACGUUUGUCAGUCGCACCGACGACGGCGGCUGGUACGCGCUCUCGGCGCAGAACUUCCCGGUGCUGGUCGAAAGCGCGCCGAUCGCGCGCUGGAACCUCGGCGUGAUGUCGUUCGAUGCCGAGAAUCAGCGACAGUCGCUGAUUGGGGUUCAUGACGGGAAGCGGUCGUCGUCAGUCAUGGCAUCGUUGCCCGGGAUCGAAGGCGGACCUAUGCGCACGCCUCCGCAGAUUGGAGCUGGUAGCGGGUCGAGUCUGUCGUCGCGGCUGUUGGGCGCGGGAGACGGAUCGGCGGGAGGGCUUGGUGCGGCGGCGGGAAGUUCGUUGCCGAUGCGGGCGCUGGUUGAUAUUGCGCUUGUUUUGCCGAUGCUGCUGGCGGCGUAUUAUCUCUUGCUGCGGAAGAGGGGUGUGCGUGAGUUUUUGUUUGAUACGGCGGUUGAAGAGAAGAGUGAGCCGGUGACGGAGCGGGAGAUUGAUGUUGUUGCGACGACUACGCCGGAGAAGGAGGCUGAGAGUACUUCAGCAACACCAGUCGAUGAGAUUUCCAGCACUGAUAAAGACGACACAGCAUCACCAACAACAACAGCAACAGCAGCAACCCCUGCCAAAAAACGAAAACGCGGUGCUCGGGGUGGCCGACGAACACAGGGCAACAAAGAAAACAAAGAGACGGCAGAGAGCAAGAGCGUUGUAGUGGUCGAGGACCGAACGCGCGCAGGUCAAACAAGUGAAGGAGUCGAAACGAGCGAGGUUGUGGGUGGCCCGUCGCGGAUCAACUCGCUCGAAGUCAGCGACGUUGUUCUUGGUUAUGGAUCGCACGGGACGGUUGUGUAUGCAGGCACGUUUGAGAACCGCGAGGUUGCAGUGAAGCGAAUGCUGCUCGACUUUUACGACGUGGCGUCGCAUGAGAUUUCGCUUUUGCAAGAGAGCGACGACCAUCCGAACAUUGUGCGGUAUUUCUGCAAGCAAGAGAGCGAGAAGUUCUUGUACAUUGCGCUCGAGCUGUGUCCCGCCACGCUGCAGGACGUGAUUGAUCGGCCGCAGGAAUUCAGCGCGCUGGUCGAGCGCAUGGCGGACCCGCGAGACGUGCUGUCGCAGAUCGCGAACGGGCUGCGAUACCUUCACUCGCUCAAGAUUGUGCACCGCGACAUCAAGCCGCAAAACAUCCUCGUCGCGCCGCCAAAGAAGUUGCGGACGGCGGAGGACGAGGCGGCGAGACGGCGGCCGGCGCGGCUGCUGAUUUCCGACUUUGGACUGUGUAAGAAGUUGGAAGGCGAUCAGAGCAGUUUCCGCGCGACGACGGCGCAUGCGGCAGGGACGUCUGGAUGGCGGGCGCCGGAGCUGCUGAUUGACGGAGACGAUAGCUACGCGAACGGCGGCGGAAGCUCGAGUUCGCAUACAAUCAUGGCCGCCAUGAGCAGCCACAGCAACAGCAACAGCGAGCCCGCGGUGAUUGACUCGCUCUCGAACCGGCGCGCGACGCGCGCGAUCGACAUUUUCUCGCUCGGCUGCGUGUUUUACUUCUUUUUGUCGCACGGGAGUCAUCCGUUUGGCGACCGGUACCUACGAGAGGCGAAUAUCGUUAAAGGCGAGUACGCGCUCGAUUUCCUGGACGUGCUGGGCGCGCAGGGGGUGCAGGCGCGGGAUCUGAUAUCGCGGAUGAUUGAGCGGGAUCCGAAUCGGCGGCCGAGCGCGGGAGAAGUGCUUGCGCACCCGUACUUUUGGAGUAGUCAGAAGAAGCUUGAUUUCCUGCUCGAGGUCUCUGACCGGUUCGAGAUCGAGCCGCGGGAUCCGCCGAGCGAGUUGCUGGGCAAGCUCGAGUCUGAUCCGGAGCAUGUGGUGUAUAAUGACUGGUACAAGCGGCUGGACAAGAGCCUGAUUGAGAACCUGGGCAAGUACCGCAAGUACCACACCGACAAAGUGCUUGAUCUGCUGCGGGCGCUGCGGAAUAAAAAACACCAUUACCAAGACCUGCCGCCGAACGUGCGGAGCGCGCUGGGGAAAGUGCCGGAGGGGUUUCUGGGGUACUUUGAGGAGCGAUUUCCGAAUUUGGUGAUGCAUGUUUAUUUCGUGGUGCGCGAUAAUCUGCGGGACGAGCCGCAGUUUCGGCCGUACUUUUGUUGUUGAUUGAUUUUAGUAAAAGGAAGGAAGGAGGAGGGAGGGAAGGAGUUUGCAUGUACAUAAACGCAAGGCAUGAUUUACCAUUUCAUUAUUUGGAGGCGUUUCUAUCUAUUUAUCUUAUCUUUUUGGUUUAUUUAUUUUUGCUUAUUUUGUUUAGUUAUGCUUGGAUACCGUGUUAAAAGUAGCAAUUGUCAGAUAUCAGAAUGUAUUCAUUCACAUGCACA